AUGGGCAAAGGAACCGACAAGCUGUACAUCACGCACUCCGAGUGGUCCUCGUCAGACGCCUUCUCAGCUAGCACGGGGUCACGGUCGCGGAACACCGGCGCCUCGUUCCGUCGACUGCCUUUCAACUUCUGCGCCGCCAGCCUCCAGCCCUUCAAGAACCCAGUCUGCACGGCAGACGGCACCAUUUUUGACGUCGAGGUCAUUUCGAAAUGGCUCGAGCACCACAAGACGAAUCCCGUCAACGGGGAGCCCCUCGCCGCCCGCGAUCUCAUCAAGCUCAACUUUGCGCGCAACGCCGAUGUCGACUCGAAAGCCGCCGACGGCUCCGCCAGCGACGGCAAGGGCGACCUGAUCGACCCCGUCACCUUCAAGGUCUUUACCGACAACACCCACAUCGUCGCGAUCCGCCACGGCACGUACGCGAACGUCUUUGCUUGGGAGACGGUAGAGCGCAUGAACAUCAAGGCGAAGCUGUGGCAGGACCUCCUCGACGACACGCCCUUUGUGCGCUCCGACAUCAUCACGCUCCAAGACCCGCAGAACGCUGCUAGCAGGGACCUGAGCCGAUUCCAGCACCUGAAAGACGGCGGAGAUGCGCUCCUGACUCGAGAGCAAGAAGAGGAGCGCAAGGAGGGCAAUGUCAACAUUGGCGCUCUCGGCCGGGUGGGCGACAAGGUCCUGCGAGCCAAGGAGGCAGUCGAGAAGGCUCGGAGGGAGCGGGAGGCGGGCGGCGAUGUCAACCGCUCAGCCAAAGCAGUCGCCAAGUCGGCCAGCGCCAACAACAACAACGCGCCUCGGCAAUCCAUGAUUCAGGGCCGCAAGCUCGCGCAGAACGCAGCUGCCUACACAACAGGACGAGCAGCAGCCAGCUUCACAAGCACAGGGCUUACGCCCGAGACGAGCGGCGAGCGCGCGCUGCUCAGUGGCGAGGAGUACAUGCUGAAGCCGAAGCGCGUCAAGAUCAAAGGCUACGCUCGCAUAGAGACGAAUCUUGGGGACCUCAACAUCGAGCUGCAGACCGAGUACGCCCCUCGGGCCGUGUGGAACUUUACGAGGCUGGCUCAGAAGGGCUACUACAAGGGAGUGGCGUUCCACCGCAACAUCAAGAACUUCAUGAUACAGGGCGGCGACCCGUCCGGCACAGGCAGAGGAGGCGCGAGUAUAUGGGGCAAGAACUUUCAGGAUGAAUUCGACGGUCCGCUCGUGCAUGAUGCGCGUGGCGUCCUGAGCAUGGCGAACAAGGGCAAAAACACCAACUCGAGUCAGUUCUUCAUCACAUACCGACCAGUACCGCACCUCGACAGAAAACACACGAUAUUCGGGAAAGUGGUUGGCGGCAUGAACGUGCUGGGGAAGAUGGAGGCAGUCGAGACAGAUGGGUCGGACCGUCCACUCAACAAAAUUGUUAUCAAGGACGUCGUCGUGUACCUGGAUCCGUUUGAGGAGUUUCAGAAGCAGAAGACAGAGCGUGAAAGGAUCGCUGAAAGCAAGGCUCAGAUCGAACGCACUGGAGGCACGGAGGACGACAAGGUGACCUGGACCGGAAAACGUGUUCGCACAGACGGCACUGUCGACCAGGGCAGCGGGGAGGGCAAGGUCGGAAAGUACUUGAAGGAUGCCAUGACCAAGCAGCCUCCAGCGGACGAGAUUGUCGAGGAAGACCUAGACACCUGGCAGCAGCCGGCGAAGAAGAAGGUCAAAUCUGGCGGCUUCGGCAACUUUGAUGGAUGGUGA